AUGUCCCUCUCCGAACAGAAAGGCAAUCCAGCAACCGCUGAUCGCCAACCACAAACUGAAGUGUCAGCACCGCCAGCCUACCAGCAACAGCAUGGAGACUCGGCUUCGGCUCCGGCUUCAGCGCCACUCCCUCAGAAUGUAACACGACCCUACCCUCAAUACCAGUCGCAAAUGCAAAACACCGGCAUGGCAGUUGGAGGCAUGGUCGGUGCCGUGGGUCCUGGGUCAGUCGGUGGUGACACGGUGACAGGUGGUGUUGUCGGAGGCAUCGUUGGACAGCGUCUAGCACAGGCUGAGAACCACGCAUUCUACAGAGAUCAGGCGAUGCAGUAUCGGGAAGGCAGGGCAGCCGGGACAAUACCGCCUCCAAAAGAACUUUAUGAGGGGGAAAAAGCAUCGUGGUGGUCUAAAGAAGGGCGGGCGCAGAGGAGAGCAGAACGAUGGGAGAGAAGGGCCAAGAGGAGGGAUGGUGCGGAUUGA